AUGAGGACGUCUAUUGCGUGUCAGGUCCUUGUACAGGCCUCUCUUCUCACAAUUGCCUCCUCUUCCCCGGCUCCAACUGCUUUCGCCCGCGAUAAUGUCGCCCCGCCCAACCCCGUCAUUACAGCUUCCCCAGUCGAGCGUCAUCCUUCACCAGUCGUUGGCCGAAACAUCUUGAGCGACGUUGACUCUGAUGUCGACAGCGUCCUUUCGGGACUUGGGUCUGACGUACCUUCGUGGGUAGCAUCUGGAGUGCCCAACUUCUUCCAGGGUUUCCCGACUGGAGACGCAGUCGUGAGCUCCCUGGGCCUGGACAGCUCCGAAUUGGCAGCAGUACCAACCAAUGUGUUAAACAUCGACCCCUAUGCCAACUGGACCAGCUCAGGCUGGAAUGUUCGCUUCCACGGAAACGUUUACAAACAACCAAACACCUCUGUCUCAGACUUGAACAAGCUUGCGGAUGUCUUCCUCGUCAACACUAGUAUCUCGGACCUUCCUGAAUCCCAGCAAGAUCAGGCGCGUAACUUGACUGCCGAAAUUUAUGUCGUCCAGCAGCCACAUGUUGCCGUGAACACUAUUCACCUCGAGCCUGCCCCAAGUCAGGGAUCCAGCGGACAGCCAGGCGGCGGCGGAUCAUCGAACACAACGGGUGGCACGCAAGACAUUACUCUGCCUUACAACACAACAGUCGAAGGCGAUUUCGACACCUUUGUGCCAAUUCACAGCAAUGGCCUUACUGCAGGAAAUGAAACCUCGGCAAUUCAGAGACUCAACACUCAUGUUGAGGGCGCCACUAUCGGAAAUAGUACUGCCUAUCUCGUGCCUCCCACCGGACUCACCAUCGUUUCGGACAUUGAUGAUAUUCUACGUGUUACGAAGAUCUAUGAACCGAAGCAGGGAUUACUCAAUUCGUUCGCUCGUCCAUUCACGCCUUGGGAGAAUAUGCCAGACAUUUACCGCAACUGGUCCACCAGCCUCCCCAAUAUGCACUUCCACUACCUUACGACCACCCCCGAGCAAAUUACCAGGAACUACAUGCAGUUCAUCUACGCCAACUAUCCGGGCGGCUCUUUCGACACACGUCCUCUCAACUUCAGCGACGUCUCUGCCACCCUAUCGAUCCGCAAAUUCUUGUUACAAAAAGUCUUCGAAACCUUCCCCGAGCGCAAAUUUAUCCUGAUUGCAGACACCAGCAACAGCGAUGUUAUGCGCGACUACCCAGAAAUGGCUACCGAGUUCCCGGGACAAGUCCAGUGCAUCUUCCUCCGCAACACCAGCGCAACCGAUCCAGGUGACAAGUUCCCAUACAACACAUCGGGAUUCAAGAACCUGAAGCAGUCGAUGUACAUGUUCUUCCUGCAUCCGGAUGACCUGACCAACUUGGAUAUCGCCAACGGACAGUGCUACAACCAGUCUAUUGCCCAGAAUCUGACGUUCGGCUACCAGGGGCUGCCACAUGGGCUAGGAGAUAAGCCAACAGCAGUCAACGGGUCAGCAAACCAUACUGGAGUUGCUAGCGGACUGUCAACAGGGGGCUCAGCUGGUGUGCAGAGCCUCAUGGCAUUGGUCGCAGCGUUAUCUACGGCCGCCUUUAUGUUCCUAUAG